AUGAAUGUUUCUCCAUCGAAACGCGCUAAAGGUACAAUUCAAGUGUCAUUCAUUAUUAAAAAUGUUCGCGGUGAUCACCUUGGCUCUCAAUGUGUAAUUGCGAGUGUUAACGAUAAAUCUUUUGUAUUAAAACCUCGAACUAUUAAAGGAGAUACUAGAUAUUAUGAAGCAGGCCAUACCUGCUUCAUCAAUGUUGAUGAUGAUGAAAUCAGAUUUGGCGUUGCAAUUGUUACUCCAAAUAACGAUAAGUUUUUCUUCCAUACUUUCGCAUAUACAGACUUUUAUCCAUCGAAAUACCCAACUUGCCAAAAACUCAAGAUGAAUACGCCCGCAAAUCUAUACGAAAUUUCAGCUCAAUUAUUUACGAUGCCGUAUACACGAGGAACUGGAAGCCCAACAUCAAAUCUUAAUAUGACAGCCCAUACAAUGACUCCAGGGCGUUCUAACCAAGCAAAUGAGAGUCCUAGAGAUAAUUUAGCUCAAACAAUGCCUGUUAGAGCCCCAUCUAAACUAAGUCAGACUAGCACACCUCGAAAUCGUAGUAGAUAUCAAAUGUCUCCAAAAUAA